AUGGCCGACGACAAAGAGCAACUAGAGCGACGCAUUUUCGGUGGUUCAGACUCUGAGCUUUCCUCUGACGAGGAUCAACACAUCCCCAAACCACCGCCCGUACACCGCAAAUCUCCCAAGCAGCAGCGACCGCAAGAUGAUUAUGGGUCAGGGUCAGGCUCCGAAGAGGACGAUUAUGAGCAGCAGAAACGUGUUGUUAAGAAGCGCCCAAAGCCAAGUCGAAAGUCUACAGAAGACAAGCCCACGAGGAAGCGGAAGAGAAGGGCCCCCGAACCAGUGGACUUGAGCCACCUUCCUGAAUCUCAAGCGGCGAAAAUCCGGGUUGACCAGAAGAUUGACGCUAUUCUUAAGCCGCAAAAGAGCAAUAGGCAGAAAAAGCGUAAAGGAGAGGAGGUAUUGGAUGCAUACACGGACGACCAAAUCGCGAGGUUGCGGGAGAACAUGCUCAAUGCUGCCGACGAGGAUAUCAUGUCGAAUGCUAACAAGCUGCCUGCUACUGCCAAGUUAAGAAUGCUGCCGGAGGUCAUGGAAACGCUACGUCGUUUUGCGCUCUCCCAGUCCAUGAUAGACAACAACUUGUUUGAAGCAGUUACUCGGUGGUUGGAGCCACUCAGACAUGACAAAUCCCUUCCCUCACUCAAUAUCCAACGAGAAUUCUUUCCUAUUCUCAAGCGUAUGGACUUCAUCGAUACCAACGUUCUCAAGGAGUCUGGCCUGGGCAAAAUCGUCAUGUUCUACACCAAAGGCAAACGUGUCACACCGGACAUCGCCAGAAUUGCGCGCGAGUUGGUCGAUACCUGGUCACGACCCAUUAUCAAACGCUCCGCAUCUUUCCGAGACCGCAGGAUUCCGACCGUGCACACAACAGACUCAAUGCGUCAACCAGAAAAGUACAACUCAAUCAUGGCCAGAAGUCGCGAGGCGGACAAGGACCGGGUCAGAAAGAAUGCAGUAUCAAUCCCACGAAGCGAGUUGCGCAGCUACACAGUUGCUCCCGACGCCAAAGCUGGUAUUAUGAGGAUGAAUGCUAUGGUGGACGGCGAUAUUGAGCGCAGAAGGAGGAAUGCGGAGAAAAUCAGAAGCUUGACGAGGAAAGUGACGACCAACAAGUAG